AAUUGUGCAGACGCCGGGCCUGCAGCGUGUACACAAGCACAGGUCUAUGUACGGAUUUGGAUCCUAUACCGACUUUCACUGAUUGGCCUCUGCCCGCUGGCCUGCCCAAGGGCCCUCCGCUACCGUAGGCGCAUCUCGCAACCUCACUCGAGCCCCAUCCCAGGCCUUCAACGUCUUCCCUUCCCUCCUGUCAUCUUCGCCUCCCCGCCGCUGGCUGCUGCGCCUGUGCUGUCUCUCUCCGGUCGUGUGCCUCGUCAUUGGCACUGCCUCACCUGCCCGCCACAUCCUCCGCCCACCGCCCACCNCGCCCACCGCCCUCCGCCCGCAAGCCCUCUACCCACCCACCGCCUUGCCUUGCUCCUCCGACCUCAGCGCAGUCUAACGUUUCGAGUUUCACCCUCCUCUCUCUCUCCCCCUCCCGCCGAAUCUCACGCCGCUGCCGCCCGUCUGCACGACGAGUCCCAGGUAGGCCUGCCCGAGUCUGCUGUCUUCGCCCUCGUCGUCGCAUACUGUGAGACUGACCAGCCGGCCUGCUCAGACGCU